AUGGCGUCGUCGUCUCUCGCUGGACUUCUCCUGCUGCUCGCCAUGUUCUCUGACGCGGUCGUCGUCGGGCUCGCCAUGCCCGUGGAGUACGAGUACCACAAUUAUGUGGUAACCCCUCUCUCGCCCCACUCAUACACCGCCCCGGCUGCCGACGUCUAUGGCAGUGCCGACGCUCAGGAUGAUGUCGCGAUGUCGUCAUCGGCUCUGCACGUCCGCCUGCACCACCGCGACUCGUUCGCGGUGAACGCCACCGCAGCCGAGCUCCUCAAGCGCCGCCUACAGCGAGACGAGCGGAGGGCAGCAUGGAUCAUCUCGAAGGCGGCGGCCGCGGCGGGGGGAAACGCCACGCGGGUCGUCAGACGACUCUCCGGCGGCGGCAGGUUUGUGGCGCCGGUGGUAUCCGGGGCGCCGACGAGCGGGGAGUACAUCGCCAAGAUCGUGGUGGGCACGCCAGGCGUCGAGGCGCUGCUGGUGCCGGACACGGGCAGCGACCUGACGUGGCUGCAGUGCAAGCCGUGCCAACUGUGCUACCCUCAGUCAGGGCCCGUGUUCGACCCGCGGCGCUCGACGUCGCGCCAGGACAUCAGGUACAACGCGCCAGCGUGCCAAGCGCUGGGCCGGUCCGGCGGCGGCGGAAACGCGCAGCGCAGGACGUGCGUCUACACGGUGGGCUACGGGGACGGCUCCACGACGUCGGGCGACCUCAUCUCAGAGACGCUGACCUUUCGCGCCUUCGCGGGCGCCCUCAGGCUACCGCACCUGUCGAUCGGGUGCGGCCACAACAACCAGGGCUUGUUCGGGGCGCCGGCGGCGGGGAUCCUAGGCCUCGGCCGUGGCCUCAUGUCCUUUCCGAACCAGAUCGCCGGCCUCGGCUACAACCGGAGCUUCUCCUACUGCUUCGUCGACUUCUUCUCCAACCCAGGCUCUGUCUCCUCCAUCCUCACCUUCGGCGCCGGCGCCGCGGACACCUACCCGCCGGCGUCGUUCACCCCCACGGUCCGCAACCUGAACAUGGACACGUUCUACUACGUGCGGCUCAUCGGCAUCAGUGUUGGCGGCGUGCGCGUGCCGGGCGUUUCGGAGCGCGACCUCCAGCUAGACCCACACACGGGCCGUGGCGGCGUCAUUCUGGACUCCGGCACCACCGUGACGCGGCUCGCCCGUCCCGUGUACACAGCCUUCCGUGACGCCUUCCGCGCUGCGGCAACAGACCUCGGCCAGGUCUCCACCGGCGGCCCCUCCCAUUUCUUCGAUACGUGCUACUCCGUGGGCGGCGGGCGAGUGAAGGUGCCUGCCGUGUCGAUGCACUUUGCCAGCGGUGUGGAGGUGAGGCUCCCGCCCAAGAACUACCUCAUCCCCGUGGACUCCAGGGGCACCGUGUGCUUCGUGUUCGCCGGCACCGGUGACCGUAGCGUUUCCAUCAUCGGGAACCUCCAGCAGCAGGGGAUCCGCAUCGUGUACGACAUCGAUGGCCAGCGUGUUGGGUUCGCGCCCAAUAACUGUUGA